AGCCCGGGCAGCGGCGGCGCCGGCGCCCAUAGGAGUGCGAGGAGGAGGCGGUGCCGGUGCCGGUUCUUGUCCCGGUCUCCGCUUCCCCCUUCAGAACCUGCUCCCGCCGCGGCCCCUCCGCCUCAGCGGCCGCUACCCCGCCGCUUCCGGCCGCGGCCCCCCGCCAUCACCUCGCCUCACCUCACCUCAGGGGCUGCGGCGGCCGCCGGGCCAUGAACUCGCUGCUCUUCGGGGAGAUGGCCCGAGCCUUCGCCCCCGGCGCCGCCGCCGCCUCCUGCCCGCUGGGGCCCGGCGCUGCCGGCGGCCCCGGGAGCACGGCUGCGGCGACGGGGGGGGGCCCGCCGGUAACCGCGGCUCUUCGUAACGACCUGGGCUCCAACAUCCACCUGCUGAAGGGGCUCAACGUGCGGUUCCGCUGCUUCCUGGCCAAGGUCCACGAGCUGGAGCGGCGCAACCGGCUGCUGGAGAAGCAGCUGGCGGCCCAGCAGAGCGAGCGCGACCGCCGCCUGCGCUACAAGACCUUCUCCCGCGACCAGGCCGUGCAGACCGACUCCGGUGCAUCCCCGCUGCUGCCGCCGCCGGGCCCCGGGCACGGGCUGGGCGCAGGGCCCCUGGCUUCGCCGCCUCACUACAGCCGGUUACCCGGUACUAUCUGGAGCUACACCCAGGUGCGGCGCACCGGAGGCGGCGGCUUGGAGACGGUGCAAGGGCCCGGGGUCUCCUGGAUCCAUCCGGACGGCGUCGGGGUGCAGAUCGACACCAUCACCCCCGAGAUCCGCGCCCUCUACAACGUGCUGGCCAAAGUCAAGCGGGAGCGGGACGAGUACAAGAGAAAAUGGGAAGAGGAAUUCACAAGAAGAAUGAGUCUGGAAUCUAUGGUAGAAACCUUACGAGAGGAGGCGCAGGAAGCCGAAGCUCUCCAGGAGGAGUUAAAUGAAAAGAUUGAAAGACUGAAAGCAGAACUCGUGGUCUUUAAGGGUCUGAUGAGUGAUCCCAUGACAGACCUGGACACAAAGAUUCAAGAAAAGGCCAUGAAGGUGGACAUGGACAUCUGUCGGCGAAUCGAUAUCACAGCCAAGCUGUGUGAUGUAGCGCAGCAGCGCAACUCUGAAGACGUUUCCAAGAUAUUCCAGGUGGCUUCCAAGAAGAAAGAACGCAAGCUCACAUCUGAUGAUGACCUCUCUGAACAGGACGGAGACAAUGGCAGGUUCUCUGACGAUGAGGUCAGCUGCUCCUUGAACAUCACAGAUGAAAUGAAGCGCAUGUUUAAUCAGCUUCGUGAGACAUUCGAUUUUGAUGAUGACUGUGAUAGUUUAACAUGGGAGGAGAAUGAGGAGACGUUGCUGCUCUGGGAAGACUUCACGAACUGCAAUCCUUCCAUUGACCUCCAAGGAGAGGAGGAAAACCUGGGAAACUUGAUCCAUGAAACAGAGUCUUUCUUUAAAACCAGAGACAAGGAAUACCAGGAAACAAUAGGGCAGAUAGAGCUGGAAUUGGCCACAGCCAAGAGUGACAUGAAUCGCCACCUGCAUGAAUACAUGGAAAUGUGUAGUAUGAAAAGGGGCCUGGAUGUCCAAAUGGAAACCUGUCGUAGGCUUAUCAAAGGCUCAGCUGACAGAAAUUCUCCAUCUCCCAGCUCUGUAGCCAGCAGCGACUCAGGAAACACAGAUGAAAUUCAGGACGAGUUGGACAGAGAGACGGAUGUGGAGCCCAUGGUCACCUGAUACAUAGCUGGAGCAUUCCAGUGAAAGGGAAGAUGCAAGACAAGAUUGUAAAAGAAUACACUGAUGUGGGGGCAGAUAACAGUAAGACUCAUAAGCCCUCACACAGGGUUUCUAAGGACUCAUUCCUACACGCAUCCCCACCCCAUGCAAGGAUUGGUGCUGUAAAUUUCUAUUGUUCUACAAAUCGUAAAUGCAGAGUCCUGUAAGAAAACAUGGUGUUUUAAUUGUGCCUUUGCCCCAAGCUGAGCCACUUUGAGCUCCAGUGGAAUAUUAAUAGCAGGUGUUUUUAUACAAAAUAUUCUUUCAACAAAUCCUAAUCCGUUAGCAGAGAAUGGUGCUGCAAAGGCUCUGGGUGUUUCGAGAAGCUCAUGGUUUUAUUGAACUGCUGCACCCAUUGGCAAAAGGAAUGCUGGCAAAAUGAGAAGUGAACCCAAGACAUUUAUGGUGCAAUUACCAAAGUCUGGCUCCAAACAAGAGAAUUGAACUGUAACAAUUUGAACUGUAACAGUCCAAAUUGAACUUGAAGCAUUUAAAAUAAGAGCAGGGGUAGAGACAGCUUUUAGGAUUAAGCAGUUCUACAAUAUUAACAGGAGCUUCUCAGUUCCAUCUUUCUGGCUGAAGGAGCCUUUGAGAUGCGUUACAAGCUCUGUGCUCCACUCCAGAGUCUGAAGAAGCAGCAGGUCUCAGCUCGGUGGCAAAGCAGGGGACAGAGGAGGGUUCCAUGGGGUGGGAAUAUCCCUGAUAAACUUCUAUGCAAAAACAAAAAACCCACAAAAAAAAAAGCUCGCCUUAUUUAUAUGGAAUGUUUGGUCCCUGCUGGGAAAUAGUUAUCUCUUGGGAAAGGAAAGCUAAAACCACAUUUGCACAUGUUAGUUAUCUGUAGAGCUUCUUUUGAGGAGGAAUGUCAUAUCACAAUGCCUUUGUUUCCGGUGAUUGGAUUAGGAGGGGAAUCAGCCCUUCAGUUCUUGUGUUGUUUUGUGUGUUCUCUUUUUCAGGAUUCUUUUUUUAAACCAUAGUGUUUGCAGAUUUGACUUUGCCGACAGGGAGGUAACUCCAUUUUAUGCUGCUUUCAUGAUGUUUAGAGUGGGAUAGUUUGAAGCAUCAGGAUAAACUGACAUGCGGUAGGAUAGACGUAGGCUUGAGACAUGACACUGGGAGAGUUCCAGACCACUGUUCUUCAGGAAAGCUGAACAUCAGGAAAUACUGUAAUCCUUUUUAGGGCGUAGUAGAAUGAAUCUCAAACUACUGCUGCCCUAGAAUUAGGGAGGGACAGCCAUGUGCUUUCUCUGUGAGAAAGUGAGGAGACCCAGACUUUGUCAAUCUUUCUGUAUUUUUACACAGGAGAAAGCAGCAUCAAAAGUCUCGGUGGUGUUUGAGGCAGCUCUGUCAUCAUCAGGUAUGGUUAUAGUGGGAAUUGUAGCACCUCAGCCAGGUAAAAACAGGGUAUAAACCUCAGCCAAUAAUCUUCUGUUUGUUUUUUAGACCAAGAUUGAAAGUGUAGUUAAUACUGCCUAAAGGUAACGGUGUAGUUAACUAGCAGUUGCAAGACUCGGAGUAAAUACCAAAUGUAUUUGAUUUCCUGCCGGGAAGCUUAGAAGCUGCUAUGUAAGAGCAGUGCUAGGACUGGACAGGGAACUACCUGAUUUAAGCACCCUCUCAGUGUUAUGUAAAGGUAAGCUGACCAAUCUUUUUAGCUCCCUGAGUAUUGUUUCCAAGCUACUGGUCUGAAAUCAGUGAAACUGCAUUGUAAGCAUGCACCCAGUGUAAAUCAGUGCUGCUUUCUUCCAAAAAGAAUGCAAAUGUCUCAGCAUAUGGCACGUUCCUGGGCAGAAGUGCCUCUGUCUUGUGCAGCUAUGCAGAGGGGCAGGACCUCAGAGGGUUUCUGUUCCCCCUGUAACUGUGGGUACAGUAAUGUCUAAUCAGAGUUUCCCAUGUUGCUGCCUGGAGUUUCAUCACUGUUCAGCUCCGGCUCCUGCUUAGACACGAUGGUGCUUUUAGGCUACAUGGAUCAAAUGGGCUCCUUGUGUUUUUCAGAGUGGGAAGGAGUGCUGGGAUGAUCUGUCUGGAUCCACAGUGUGGAGGUCAUGAUCCACAGCUGAUGGCUUCUGUUUAAGAAAACAGAUCCAAGGAUAUUCUGGUGGUUUCCUUACUCAGUGCAGUUAUUUAUAGAGUAGCUAGCAACUUCUUGGUUCCUGUGGUGUGGGUUAGGGGCUUUUUCAAAGCCUCUUUCAUCAUGUAAAAUGUAGAUAACUUUUCUCUGGAAAAGAAUCCUUAUUCCAAAGUGCUCAUUCCUAUUAUUUCUUAGGUGGCCAAAGUGGUAAAUGUCACGUUCACUAGGGCUACAAGUCGGGGGGUGCGUGGGGGACAAGAGAUGGGGUAUUUUUGUGAGGGGGCUGGGACUGCAUGUUUUCAAUCAAGUACUCUUAAGGUUUUGAAGCCUGUAUGAACUUCAGCUGCUAAUACACAGUUUCUCACGAGGCUGAGAAACCAUCUGCCAAAGCUGAAUGUCUGUGAUGCUUUAGUGACGUUGGUGGAGGCGUUGUUAAGCAAUCGACUUGCACGGUGACCCAGCCUUGGUGGAGGCUGGCGUUUGGCUCUCCUCAGUUAGGAAAUGCUCUUUGGUACUGGGGAAACUGAGCAAUUUAAGUGGCCAUCUGGCUUAGCUGCUGCUGUGUUGUGGGGUUUGUUUCCAUUCAGACUCAGUGUCCUAGUAGGAUAAAGGCUGAGAGUUCUUGAACCUGGGAGCUGGUGUGGUGAGGGUAGGAGAGAGCAGAAUAUCCUCAGUUUGCCAGCGAGAGCCAAGUGAGGAAGCAGAACUUCAGCUGUAACAAGGUAGCUGUAACCUCGGGUUUAUCUCAUAGCCGUAAUUACAAGGAGCAUCUGUAGUAGGGUUGUGUCUGUUGGGAAGUGUAAGGGUUGCAGGGCUAGAGUAGAGGGUUUAGAAUUAAUGUGUAUGGUGGUGAUGUGUAUGACAGUAAAUUACCAUGGUUGUUGGUGUCUGUUUCUUACAAGCAUAUUUAAUCCAUUUUUAAAGAAGAAAAGGUGUUUUCAUACUCGGGAUCAGGGGUUUAUUUUUAUUUAGGCUGUAUAGGACUCAGUGGAUCACCAGGGUCGGUCCUUGAGAGUUUCCCUCGGAGGUCUUUGGUUUAGUUUCAAGCGAUGCUGCUGACUUAGCCGACAGUGGUCCUGUUCUGUUCGCAUAUAACCACUCCAUAGAAACCAGAUCAAAAGCUUGCCAGAAAAAGGUGAAAAUGCUGGAAAUGAUUUUGAUGACCUCUUUUUCUUUUUUUUUUUUUCCUUUGUAAAGCUGUAAAUACUUUCUUUUUGUUUUCUAUUCUUACUGCGGUGUCAUAUUGACACGUUUUUAGACUUACCGAUCCGAAAAUCCUCCUCAUUGUGUCUCAUUUUUUACACGAGGAUUCCAAGGAAGCAAAUUUUUUUGCUUGUUAGCAGUGUACUACUCGACCCGCUUCCUAAACUGGGUUUGUACGACACAACUGUUUUCAGUACACAAAAGGCAGUUGCUUUUGUGGAUGCAUGUUCAAAAAUGUCCAAAGAAUAACGUGGUACAAAUGUGUUUUUUCAGAGACUUAGUAAUUAUCAUGUUAGUUCACAAGAGUUAAAGACAAAACUCUUUAAAGGGGGGGAGGGAUGUAGUGGAACUCAUCGAAGCUAAAUGUGUAUUCUAUUUAUAAAGUCCCACUAUAUAGUCUA